AUGUCCUUGUUUUUGGAGAGAGGAGCACUACCUAACGACAACCAGCUGGACCAAGAUGAGCUGGACCUGGAGCCCCUGGACAACGCUGUCCAUCUGCCCAGCAGCCACAGAGUGAGGUCCAGCACCUCCGUCCUGGGUGCUGGAGCAGGCGGUGUUGCAGGUGGAGGUGUACUAGGCGGUCACAGCCGCUCUAUAAGCAGGGAUUCACCUGAUUUGCUCCAGACGGUGUUGAGCAACAGCCAGGAGCUGGACAGCGGGGUGGGCCGUACAGACGAAAGCACACGUUAUGAGGAAUCGUCAGAACAUGACCUCCUGGGAGACGACCACACUAGCGCCCCCAAUACAAACGCCACCAACACGCCGGGCAGCAUGCGGAAGUUUUUGUCUGGUAGAGGAGAUACUCCGCCCUUGCUGCACUCCCAGGACCUCCAGUUCAGCACUGACUCCCUCUUAGGGCUGGACUGUGUAAACGGUGGAGGGCUGGAGCAGGUGGAGCGACUGGAAAGGACGUACGUGGCAGAUCCUGUGAGGAUGAUGAUGCCUGGGCUGACAGAGGAGGAGUGUGAGAGGUACAAAGAGCUGCUGGAAAUCAAGUUUUACUACGAGAAGAACAGUGACGCUCUGCUGCUGCUGGGAGGCCAGGGGCCGGAGCAAGAAGGCGGGAGUGUCGCACUGGACGUGAAUAGGAAUGAGAGCCUGACGCAGCAUGAGAUGGCUCUUUUGGAAGAGGAAUUGCGUCACUUGGAGUUCAAGUGUCGUAACAUCCUGAGGGCGCAGAAGAUGCAGCAGCUGCGGGAGCGAUGUCUGAAGGCUUGGCCUCUAGAGGACAAGAACGGAGCGAGUGCAGGUGCUGGACGCUUGGACAUUUGUGGGACUUUGGCCAAUGAGGAGUCCUGUCACCACGCUCUCUCAGAUAUCAACGAGCUUCCAGAGAGGGAGCGCUCCGAUAAGGACAGUACGAGUGCCUACAACACUGGAGGGGAGAGUUGCAGGAGCACCCCUCUGGUCAAUGAACAGUACCCAUCACCCUCUACACAGAGCCUGGAGGGAGGAGAGUCUCUUUGUUCAACUUUCACUAGGCAGAGAGAGAGGGGGACCAGGGACGGAGCACAAACAAACCUGAACCAACCCUACUCUAACACCCACAGAAGAGCAGCAGACACUAAGACAUCCAGCCCUGGAGCUAAAGUCAGGUCCCUGUCUCGAGAUGGGGGAACUAGGAGGGGCUCAGAUGGAGGGAUGAGACGUAACCCUAAAGCCAACGGGACAGCAGAGAGGGCUGGUGGACGCAGCGCAGAGAACAGCCCCUACCUGUCCCGUCGACAAACUGAAACAAAGCCUCCUCACCGCUACCUGAGCUGCAUGCAGCUGAGGUCUCCCUCCACAUCUGAGCAGCUCUGUGGUGUCAGAGAGACUCCCAGAGAAGGAAGCAUGGAGACUGGGGGUGACGACAGCCCGAUGAGCUUGGGUAGCACAUGUAAAGGCGUGGCCCAGGCCCCAGGUGCUGUACCAUUACCCUUGUCCCCCUCUCUGAUGCCUGCCUCCCCUCGUAUGGAGUGGAAGGUGAAGAUACGCAGUGACGGCUCUCGCUACGUGGCCAAACGGCCCGUGAGGGAUCGCCUACUGAAGGCACGCGCCAUGAAGAUCCGAGAGGAGCGCAGCGGCAUGACGACGGAUGACGACGCCGUAAGUGAAAUGAAGAUGGGCCGUUACUGGAGCAAAGAGGAGCGUAAGCAGCAGCUGCAGAAGGCCCGCGAGCAGCGGCGGCGUAGAGAGUUUAUGAUGCAGAGCCGUCUGGACUGUCUGAGGGAGCGCGAGAGGGAGCAGGGCGGCGGUGGCUGUCAACAGGGGGAGACACACCAGCAGGAAGCCAACUCUAUCCUGGAGCUUUGCCACCGCAGGAGCAUGAAGAAGCGCAGUCGCAGAAUUCUGGACAACUGGAUCACGAUUCAGGAGCUGCUGGCUCAUGGGAGCAGGUCUGCAGAUGGGAAGAAAGUCUACAACCCGCUGUUAUCUGUCACCACAGUGUGAGACUGUGGCACAGACAUCCGUCUGCAGGGAGGCAGCAUCGAUCCUAAACACAUGUCAAUGAUGGUCAUUGAACGUAGCAUCGGCCCAAAUCUGAAAUGUUUAAACAAGCACAUGACUGCGACUGCAGCAACAGUCAGUAUCACGUCCUCCUUAACAGAAAGACAAAACACACUUUAAACCACAUUGAAUUUGUUUGGUUGAAUGGGCGUGAAAAAGUCAGGGAAAGGCUUUUACCCAUGUUUACGUGUCAAAUGCGAAGAAUGUGAUUCUUUCUAUCUUCAUCUGAACAGACUUAAGAGACAAACACAUUAGCAACCUUUUCAGAGGGAAUCCAGCCAGAGAGCUGCAGCAAGACAAAGACGCACAUCGUCAUUCAUGUUGUGUCUCGUUACAUAAAGAGGAGAUGCUCUGUGAGAUGGCACCACCUGCUGUUAGACUGUUACACAAAUGGUGGAGAACUGAAUGUUUUUUUUUUUUUUUUAUCUCUACAGGCCUCUAACAGGUUUUUAUGAGUGACAGAACAGAUAAGAGUCAUGGGGAAUCAUGCAGCUGUGAAAACUCGAUGAGAAAAAGCCACUUCCGUGCCAGAUAACUGUAAAUGUAGUGUCCACACAGGACUUUUGAUUAAGCACAUUUUCAAAGCAACAUUGUUCCAGUUGAUGUAGUUGAGACAUUUUCUUCAUUCCCGCAGCGUUCGUGUACAAAUGUUUCGGAAUCAGAGGCUGAGCCGAUUCCUCCCUUCAGGCAGAUUUGAACAAAUAGCACAAGUUUCCAAGCGUUCCAUAAAAAAUAAUGCAGCUAAGAGAAUAAAAAAUUUAGGCACAUAGUAACUGACAGGAUUAUUUUAUACGUGAAAAAGCACAGAAAACAUUUGAUAUCAUUUAAAAAGGAAAAAUAUCAAAUCCUGUUUCUACAAUUGUCAGGUCAAAAUGUCCUGCUCACACCCAAUUGUGCCAUGUUUAAGAAAGUAGGAAAAUAAUCCUGGAUCUGCCCGUUUAUACUGAUCCGUUCUGCUUUGGGCGUCAUGCACCAAAUUUCAUGGAAAUAAGUGUUUUUUUUGUGUUUUACUGCUAAAAAACUAACACUGAUGAAAACCUCCUAACCUCCCUAUUGGAGGUUAUGGCUAUUAUUGUUAGCUUCAAGAAAACCUGUCGACUGGGCCAAUGGCUACAUCAUGUAUCUAUGUUCUGUACAUUACCUGUCAUUCAUGUCUGGUGUGUUAUUUCCAAAUUUAGCUUUUUGUUUCAAGCCACUGGAUAAUUAUCUAAAAAGUUACCCGGACUAACAGUAAAAGCCAAUUAAAGUCUGCGGAGACUGAUCCAUAAGUAAAAGUUUUUUUCAUUUUACUUUAAUGCAUGUUUUGAUAUUGAGGCCACCCCAUCAUGUACUUAAAGCCUUUAACAUACUGUAAUUGUGGAUGUCUUUCUAUGAUCUGCUCAUAGCAUAGAGAAAAAAAAACCAAUGUUAUACUUGUUUGUUGAAUAUUGUGGUGUCCAGUGUCUGCCAUUUUGCAGUGGAAGCUUUUUUUA